GAACAAUCGAUGCUAUCACACAUGGUUUUUAUUUAUUUCUUUGUGUGAAAAAUUAAUUAUCCUUCUUUUCCAAUACUUUUUCUCUUUGUCCGAAUUCUUUUAUUGCCCUGCCCUGCCCCGGUCAGCCUACUGUGUGGGUGCUUGUGCACAGCUCUAAUAAAAAAGAGGCGAAAGGAAAAAAAGCCAGAAGAAAAAAUGAGCAGUAAAAAAAAUUUCAAGGGUGAGUGAGGGAGAAAAUGAGGGAGGGGAAGAGUGCCAAAAAUAGUGCCAAAGUGUGCCCGCAUUAAUUUUCAUGUCUAUCAUAUUUUCUCCUCUUUAUUUUUGCUCCUUUUCCUGAAACGAAAUUCCACUAUUCAAAAAUCUAUUUUUCUAUUUGUCUAUUUAAAUUAUAUAUUUCUCAUCUCUUCUUUUGUUUUUUAUCUCGUUCCUAAUUUAUGACCGCUGCAGAGCCUUCAGUUGCAAUGACAGCAGAAGCAGCUCCAGUCAAAAAAUCACUACGGUCGAAGCGCCUUAUGCGUCCGGCAGCCGCCAAUGCCAACAGCACCAAGGCAGCCAGCGAUGCGCCACCGCCACCGCCGCCGCCACCGCCGCCACCCAUUCCAUCACUGGAUUUCAACACAGAGGAAAUCCCGCCCAUGCCCACUUUUACCAAGGCGACCCCUUCGCCAGCAGACACGCAUGGCAACCGCAAACCCAUGUCAACGGACGAAACAGACUACCAGCACUCAGCAACUGACACCGAAACUCUGUUUGCGUCGGCGACCACAGAAAGACACCGCAGCCCAUCGGCGGCAUCGACCACUGGGUCGUUCAAGUCUCUUAGCAGGGAAAAUGCGUCGCCCAGAUUGUCUUCUUCUGCUGCUGCCACGCCGCGGUCUCGUACCGGCAGCUUUGGCAGCGUUGGCGGGCGGAGCUUCAAGGACGAUGAGAGCGCUAGGAUUAUGGACUUUGAGAAUGUUGAUUUGAGGGCCGCGGACUCGCAGGCCUUGUCGAGGCGGUCGAGCAAGGCGCGUAGGGCGUCGUUCCGGAGCAUCGAUGGCAGGUCGCCAGUUAUUUUGGGGACCCAGGGCGAUGAGUUUGGCGCGCCACAGGGCAUGGAUGCCUUUGAGUUUGGGGUGCCCCUGAUGGCUGACGAGGGCAGUGGGUUUGCAAACAUGCCGGAUGUGCCACAGAUCCCCCUGGCUUUCGUGGAGGAGGCGCCAAGGAAGGAUGCAGUCAAGGAGGAGCAGCAGCAGCCAGAGGCCUCCUCCUACGAGCCUGCCUAUGCAUUUGGUCAGGCCCCUGCCUCUGAUUUCAACUACCCUGCUCCGGCUUUUGAUUUUAACCAAGACCACGCCCACGAGCCUAAGAGUGACUCCAACGACGAGCCCAAGAACGACUUCAACGACAAGUUCAAGAAUGACUUCAAUGGCAAGUUCAAGAACAACUUCAACGACAACCUCGAAACGCCGGCAAUCCACUCUGCAACGCAAAUCAUCGACUCCACUGUCGCCAAGAUGCACACUAUUCCACACGACCAGGCGGACAAUACGCACAGCUCAGACUCUUUGGCUCGACUCGACUCCCACACUAAUCCGAUGCUGCAAAUCCCGUCGAUCUCCUCGGCAGCUCUCGAGUCUGUCCACGACACAUUGGGCAGCAUGACAGAGACAGCCAACGGGUCCGGAAACAGCGCCAAGGAGUACGCGUUGGGUCGCAGCGUGAGCAUGCGCUACGGCAAUGGCAACGCGGCCACUGGAGCAGGCGGCACUGGGCGCAGGCGUCCAUCGCUUGCAGUUAGCAGCAAGGCCAAGAACAGGCGCUCUAUAAUGCUUACCUCAUUUGUGCCGCCCGUCGGGAUGAGCGGCGGGCCCAACACCGGCAGUCCCUCCAGACUCUCCGUCGAAAGCCAGUCUUCAGCUCUUUCCGCCCUUUCCGCCCUUUCUGGUAUUGCCGCUGCUGCCCCCGCUGCUGCCGCUGCCGCCGCUAAUGCCGACACAAUCAGCGCCGAGUCCUCGGCCGUCGACAUUUCGAUCGGCGGCAAAACCUUCCAGCGCACGUCACUGCUCGACGGCAGUGCGCAGCAACAGCAGCAGGUGAGACGCAGCAACAGGAUAUCUCCCGAGAUGGGCAUGUCCGCCAUUCGCCUGAGACCCAGCUCGGAGGUCGCCGCGGCGGAUGCCCUGACUCCAGAGAACGACAAGCCUGUGGCCAAGACUGCGCUGCAGAGCAUUGGCGAGCGCAUCGGCAGUGCUGUGGGCGUCAUUAAGGAGGAGACUGCCGAGCCCGAGUGGCUCAAGGAGGUGCAGCGCCGGAAGCGCGAGGCGCUGGAAAAGGAGGAGGUGGAGCGUGCCACGAUAGCUGCUGUUGCCGCCGAGCGCGCUGCCAUUACGGCCGUCACUACUGCCGACGCCACUGCCGUUGCUGCGGCUGCAGCUGCGGCUGCUUCCGCUGCUGCUUUUGUCUCCACGGAGACCACGCCCCCAAAGGUCCCGCAGAAGCCCAAGCUGAAGCUUGCCGGCCACGCUGCAGAUGAGGACAGCCUGCCACUGACCGAUAUCAAUCUCACGCCGCGCAACGAAGUGGUUGCGUGGCCAACAAUGGACACGGAGAAGCCGCUGCCCUUGAUGUCCGCGCCGCCAGCUUCUGGCGGCUCGGCCACGGGCACGACACCAGCCCCGCCGGCGCGGUCCAUCUACCGCUCGCUGUCGGCGUCGCUGGGCAUGGGCAACUCGGCCGCCUUUGCGCCCAGCACUGCACCACAGAGCGGCCCGCCCCUGUUGGCAGUGUCCGAGCGCCAGCGCGCCACGUCGCAGUCGGAGAUGUCGCCGACACCCAACCAGAACAGCCUGUUUGCCGCUGUCUCUUCCUUCUUUGGCCGUGCUAGCAUUCCGCAGCCCGCACCGCCGCCAGCGCAGCCCGCAUCGGCAACCGUGGCACAGCCAGCGCCGGCGGCGAGCGCAGACAGCCGCGGUAUUCUGGAGUUCCCCGGCAUGCGGCCAAGCCAAUCGGAUGCCCAGCACACGCCUGUCUCGGCAGCCGAGUCUCAGACAGCCAGCGACCCGGCGAUGGACGAGCUUUUGCACCAGCUGGAGGCACAGAACCAGCAGAUCCUCAAGGAUAACAAGGCGCGCGUGUUUACGCGCGAGACGCUCGUCGAGGACGAACCUGUAGAUGACUUUAACAGCGAGGGCAACGCCGACUGGGACUUUUGGGGCAACCUGAUCAACAACUACGACCGCGUUUCCAAGACCGAGCCACGCAAGCUUGCGCGCUCCGUGCAUAUUGGCAUUCCCAAGGCCAUCCGCGGCACUGUGUGGCAGCUAAUGACGUGCUCGCGCAGCGACCCGGCGCUCAACCUGGCGUUCCGCAAGCUGGUUGUGCAGCCGCUAAGCGACGACAGCGAGGAGGAAGCCAAGCACGAGAAGCAGAUCCGCCAUGACCUCGCCCGCACCUUCCCCAAGCUGGACUACUUCCGCGACGCCUCGGGCGCAGGCCAAGAGGGCCUGUACAGCGUGCUGCGCGCCUACGCGCUGUAUGACCCCGAGGUUGGCUACUGCCAGGGCUUGUCCUUUGUUGUCGGCCCGCUGCUGCUGAAUAUGCCCGAUGAGGAGGCAUUCUGCGUCCUGGCACGCCUCAUGUUCACCUAUGGCUUGCGCGGCCACUUUCUGCCCAGCAUGGACGACCUGCAGCUGCGCCUGUUCCAGUUUGACCACGUUCUACGCGAGACGCUGCCGCGGCUGUCGCGCCACUUUCAGCAGCAGGGCGUUGAGCCCACCAUGUACGUAUCGCAGUGGCUCAUGACCAUGUUUGCCUACCGUCUGCCCAUCGAGCUGACCUUCCGUCUUUUCGACGUUGUAUUUGCCGAGGGCCUCGACGCGCUCCUGCGUGUAGCCAUCUCAGUGUUGAAGCGGUCGCAGACGCGGCUGCUCAGCCUGCAGUUUGAGGCCAUCUUGCAGUACCUCAACGACGGUCCCUUAUUUGCCUUCUACUCGCACGCGUCACCAGAUAUGCUUGUUAGGGACGCCAACCUGGUCACUGCCGUGACGCCGCGCAUGCUAGAGAAGCUGCGGCGCCGGUACAUCGAGGAGAUGGAGCGCAAGAUCGAGGAGGAAGAGGAGGGCAACCGUGUGCGCACAGAGAACGAGGCGCUGCGCUUGGAAACUGCGCAGCUCAAGCAGACACUGCAGAGCAUGGGCUCUGAGUAUACGGAGCUCUCCACCGCCUAUGCUGCCAUGCAGUCAGAGGCCAGGCAGCAGAAGGAGGACGGCGACAGGCUGCGGCAGACCGUGGCUGAGCUGGAGGGUCGGCUGAAGGGCGAGCGGAAGAGCGCCGAGGAGCAGCUGCGCGAGGAUAUGGGUUUGCUCGCACAAAAGAACGUCGCGCUGGUCGUGAAGAACCAACAGCUGGAGGAUAGCUUGCAGGAUAUGGAGUCGGCUCUGAUCCAGAUCAAGAUUUUGUACGCGGAGAGUGAGAGCCAGCGCGAAGUGCUGUUUAAGCAAUUUGAUGAUCUCAGAAAGGCACUCAAGUAGCGCUGUUAUUUUUUCAAAUACUUUUCUUUCGUUAUAUAUACAUAUAUUAUUUUUACUUCAUAUA